CUACCACAACAGUCCUCACGAGGCAUCGUACACCACACCCACAUUGACACUCAUUGAAAGCUUCUUACGAUUACACGACUCUGACGACUGCAUCUGCUCGCCGCCAUAGCAUUCCCACUAUUCGACCUCAGUCAGCUACAGUAGACCUACAUACCUCCCGAAUCAUCAUCUUUCACCUACCCUUCCUGCCACUCUCGCCCACAAGACCUUUCAGCGCUGCAUUGACAAGACCAGCAGCAUUGGGCUCGCAGCAGGAAGAGUUGUUGUUGACACAGAAAAGGCUAUACUCUGCCCGACAUGUCCCCUCAGCAGAUCAGUAACCACACAGUCUAUCUGCUGCCACUCAAGGACGAUGGCUCUCCAGAUUUGCCAGGCUCGCAGCCAUACAUUUACCUUGCGCCUCCCACAAAACCUGCAUACAGCAUCCGCUUUCAGAUUGAAGGAACGAGCUCAAUAUGUAGAGAAGGAAGCCUCUGGGUCAACAUUCCACCCAAGGGCCAUGACUUCGACCGUACCAAGUUCCACGAGUACAAGCUCAAUCCCAGCUUCACCGAGUCCAUCCAGAUCGAUGUGCCUGUCUACGUUGCUGGAGCUUUCGAGUUCUACUGCUCAUACACGCCUCUUCCUCCCUUCACCACUGCCAAGGUCGAGACGCCAAAGCCAACGCGCACAGAAUCGCACUACAUCGAUGUCUCGCCCUCCCUCCACGUAGACAACUCGCCGCUUCCUCUGGACGCCAUCUCCAUCAUCUCUGUGCUGUCCAAGUUCAUGGGCAAGUAUCCAGAUGACUUCUACCGCCAUUUGCACGGUAUUAGCGAGAGAGGCUACAACAUGGUGCAUUUCACGCCUCUCAUGCAGCGUGGUGACAGUAAUUCACCGUACUCGAUCUACGACCAGCACACUUUCGACAAGGCUAUCUUCCCUUGCGGCGAGAAGGAUGUGGCUGACCUGGUGCAAAAGAUGGAACACGAGUACGGCCUUCUUAGUCUGACGGACGUCGUCUGGAACCACACCGCAAACAACAGCAAAUGGCUGGAAGAGCACCCAGAAUCGGGCUAUAAUAUCAAUACAGCGCCGCAUCUCCGGCCUGCCUAUGAGCUCGAUUCUGCCUUGCUGGACUACUCCUCGCGGCUGCACUCUCUCGGUAUGCCAACGCACCUGAGUAACGAGGGAGAUCUCGUGAAGAUCAUGGAGGGAAUCAAGACUCACGUCUUUGGCCCACUGAAGCUUUGGGAGUUUUACAUUUGUGAUGCGACCAACAAUGCAAAGGCCGUCACUUCGGCCUGGAUGGAAGGUCAAGUGGACACCAGCGUCAACGUGCCCGAGGACGUGAAGUCUUGGUCUUCUGCGGAAAAGGUGGAGUGGAUUCGCCAGCAUGCAUGCCCUGGCACUGACCGUAUGGGUGAACGUUUCCGCCGAAACGUAGCACCAGGAAAAGGUGCUGCUUUCUUGACCGCCCUGUUUGGCAAGUAUGAUCAGCACCAGAACAAUGCGGCUGACGAGCGUACCGCAUAUGGCACUAUCCUACAUUUCCUCAAUGACCUGAAUGUCGACUGGUACAAGGAGCACGACGACGACAAGCAGGCUCAGCUGGAGCAGAUCUUCAACCGCACCAAGUAUGUGCGCCUGGACGAGAACGGGCCCAAGUUUGGCGACAUCACCAUUGAGAGCCCACUCAUCGAGUCGUACUUCACGAGGCUGCCCUGGAACGAGACCACGAAGCAGCAUGAUCCAGACUCGCUGGCGUUGGCGAACAACGGCUGGGUCUGGGCGGCCGAUGUCAUGAAAGACAACGCAGGAGCGAAGUCCAAGGUGUACCUGCGCCGCGAGUUGAUCGUUUGGGGAGAUUGCGUCAAGCUUCGCUGGGGCUCUGGUCCCAGCGACAGUCCCUUCUUAUGGAAAUUCAUGACCGAGUACACCCAGCUCAUGGCCAAGCACUUCCACGGUUUCCGUAUCGACAACUGUCACUCGACGCCUCUGCAUGUUGCAUCCGCCAUGCUUGACGCUGCUCGUCGCGUGCAGCCCAAUCUGGUGGUUGCCGCAGAGCUGUUCAGCGGUGACGAGAAGAUGGACUUUCUCUACUGCAAGAAACUGGGCAUCAGUUUCCUGAUUCGAGAAGCUAUGCAGGUCUGGUCCACUGCGGAAAUGUCGAAACUGGUGCACAUCAACUGCGGCCGACCUAUUGGGUCUUUUGAGGUUGACGACAUCUCUAGCGCAGACACGCCAAUGCCCAAUGGCAGCGCGACUAAUGGCAGCGCCCCUCAUGGCAAGACCAUCAUGCACAAGAUUGUGCCCUCCAAGAUUCAUGCUUUGCUCAUGGACUGUACACACGACAACGAGACCCCUGUGCAGCGCCGCGACGGCCGUGACACACUGCCCAACUCGGCUCUCGUGGCCAUGUGUGCCUCUGCAUCGGGCUCGGUGUUUGGAAUGGAUGAGCUGUACCCUGCGCUGAUCGAACUCGUGCAUGAGAAGCGUCAGUAUACGUCUCCAUACAGCAACCUGAAAGAGGGUCAGAGCAUGAAGAUUGGGCCCAGCGAAGGCACCGGUGGCAUCAAACGCCUCAUGAACCAACUUCAUGUCAUCAUGGGCAAAGACGGAUACGAUGAGACGUUCGUCCAUCACGAUGGCGAGUACAUCACAGUGCACCGUAUUCAUCCCAAGUCCCGAAAAGGCUACUACUUGAUCGCGCACACUGCGUUUCCCGGCUAUGGCAAUGGCAAUGCGGGAUUCGGAAAGCAGACUCUCACUGGGACCAAGGCCAAGCUGUUGGGCGCAUGGAAGCUAGAAGUCGACCAAAGCUGGGAGGCCAAGCAAGCAGCACUCAAAGACAAGGUUCUGCGUGGUAUUCCCAGCAAGACCAAGGACAUUCGUGGCGUCACAGUUGAGUCUCGCGGUGACGAUACUGUUAUCACCGUUCCAAGUGACUUCCCACCUGGAUCGAUUGCAAUCUGUGAGACCUGGAUACCCGGUGCUGAACACAGCGAGGGCCUCGACAAGUACCUCACUUCUGGUGCUCGGCAAGCCUUUGCCAAUGUUGACCUGAACGACAUCAAUGCCAUUAUGUACCGCGCUGACUCUGAAGAGCGUGCCUUGUCCAAGGGCGCAGACGGUGUGUACGCGAUUCCAGGACACGGUAGCCUCGUAUACUGCGGUCUGCAAGGAUGGUACUCUGUCCUGCGAGAUGUGAUUGCCAACAAUGACCUUGGCCACCCAAUCUGCAAUCACCUUCGGGAUGGUCAAUGGGCUUUGGACUACAUUGUGGAACGACUCGAGAAACUUGCCCAGCGCAAGGAUGGCAUCUACAGAAACCUUACUCCCGUUGCUGAGUGGCUCAAGUCACGUUUUGAUGCUAUCCGAAACGUGCCCAGCUUCCUACUGCCUCGUUGCUUCGCAUUGGUAAUCCGCACUGCAAAGAAGGCUGCCAACGAGCGCGCUAUCGAACAGAUGCACCCGAAUGUUCGCAACGGGCAGCGUUUCCUCAAGUCCCUCGCCAUGGUUUCAUGCCAAGUUCAAGGUUACAUGGACAACGCCAAGCUCUGGCCUGACAAGCUCGAUCCAUCUCUGGCCGCCGGUCUGCCGCACUUUGCACAAGAAUGGGCUCGUGUCUGGGGUCGCGAUACCAUGAUUGCCAUGCGUGGCUUGCUCACCUGUACUGGCCGUUAUGAUGAAGCUAAAGAGCACCUGCACUCUUUUGGCAGCUUGGUCAAGCAUGGCAUGAUUCCCAAUUUGCACAACUCCGGCACGCUCCCACGUUUCAACAGUCGCGACUCUGUAUGGUUCUACCUGCAGAACAUUCAGGACUACAUCUCGAUGGCUCCGGGGGGCAGCAGCCUUCUUCAGGAGAGCGUGCGACGCCGUUUCCUGCCAUAUGAUGACACAUGGUUUGCCUGGACUGAUUCAAGAGCAUACUCCAAGCACAGCACAUUCGAGGAAAUCAUUCAAGAAAUCUUGCAGCGCCACGCUGCAGGCAUGCAUUUCCGCGAGUAUAAUGCUGGACCGGACCUCGACAGCCAAAUGAAGUCUGAGGGCUUCAAUAUCGACAUCGAACCCGACUGGUCGAAUGGCAUCAUCUAUGGCGGUAACGAAUGGAACUGUGGUACCUGGAUGGACAAGAUGGGCGACUCGGUCAAGGCCGGAAACAAGGGACAUCCUGGCACUUCUCGUGAUGGUGCACCAGUGGAGAUAACCGGUCUGCUGUACAGCGCGCUACACUGGGUGGAUUGCCUGCGACAAGCCGGCAAGUUCAAGUUUGAUGGCGUGAAGAAGGCCGAUGGCACGCACAUCACCUACGGCGAAUGGGCCGCACUCAUUCAGAAGAACUUCGAGCACGCAUACUACAUUCCGACCGAUCAGUCGGAGUGGGAUAACUACGACAUUAACCCAAAGAUCGUCAACCGCAAGGGCAUCUACAAGGACGUACACCGAGGAGUCAAGGAGUACAGGCAGUAUCAGCUGCGUCCCAACUUUCCCAUUGCAAUGGUUGUUGCGCCCGAUCUGUUCGAUCCUGCUCACGCUCUGGGCGCACUGGAGAUCGCCGACAAGAACCUUCGUGGCCCCACCGGAAUGGCUACUCUCGACCCAAGUGACAUGGAGUACCAUCCUGACUACAUCAAUUCCGACGACAGCAACAAUUACCAGACCGCCCAUGGACGCAACUAUCACCAAGGGCCUGAGUGGUUGUGGCCUACUGGGUUCUUCCUUCGCGCUCUGUUGUACUUUGACUUGAAGCGUCGCCAUACGAAGGAGGAACGCGUGGAGGCGUUCCAGCAAGUGACCCAACGCCUCAAGGGAUGCAAAGAGAUGAUCCACAAUACCCCAUGGAGAGGACUCACAGAACUCACCAACCGCAACGGUUCUUUCUGCGGUGACUCGUGCCCGACUCAAGCUUGGUCAGCUAGUUGCAUAAUCGACCUCUACGACGACGCGAGCAAGUUUGGCAUGGAGUCUGAGUAGCUUGCUCCUCCAACGAGAGGCUACUUGUCCGAAAAGAUCACCCGGGUCGCCACGAGCUGCACAAUGGUGGCCCGUCACACGUACUGAGCGAGACCUGAUAUGCAUGAAUGCGCGGGGAACAAAAGUUUUGUCUAUUUUGCAGACCUGUGGUGGCGGUGACUGGCAUGACCUAUGAUAGAUAAUGUGGAUACCCUAGAUGAUAGACCGAGAACAAGCUGCUUAACAUACCUAUUGCUGGUACUCUUUGCAGAUUUUUGCGGACUUGUCAUUGCUCCGUUGCCUUUUGGCCCCUUUUGAUUGGAAGUGAAUCCGUGGAUCGACUGCAGAGCGAUGGUGGUCUCAUGACCAGUAAAAACGCCUCCUUGAUGUGCAGUGGUUUGGUAGAUGGGUCCUUGUCCUUUGCUAGGAAGGAGGAGGCAGAGCAUCAGCAGGAAAUCGACUGGCAUGGAAAGGAGGGACGAUUGAAGGAAAAGGGCGCCUUUCUCGAUGAUGGCUUGCGCCGCUGUUCGUUGAAGCUACCCCAUCAAGGGAUGAUGAUGGAUCAACGCCGGUAAGCACUUGAUACGUACAAGCCGGAGGAAGCUUGUGAUAUAAUGCUUCUGUCCUUCCCUUGCCUUGUUCGUUCUCCAAGCCAUUGACAGUAGAAGACUCGGCACUACAUGUAUAUAUAUAUAGUGACAUGUAAUCUUCCAUUUCUUUGAAGACAGGUGUCCAAAAGGAAGUUUUCUUCUUAUUUCAAUCUCCGUCCGGAUUCAACAACACUUCCUCCUCUUCUUCUUCUUGAUGAAUCUUCUCAUCAUGCUCUGCCAUGACUCGUACCUGCUCAUCCCAUUCCGCCACUUCAGGAUCGAUCUGGUCGCCCAAAUGUGCCACGGGAAGAAAUCUUUUCCCCUCGAGUUUUUCCGGAAGAUAAUCCUGCACGACUCGACCUUGUACAUAGUCGGGAUUAUACUUGUAAUUUUUGCCAUGUUCGAGUUCUUUUAAAAGUUUCGUCGGAGCAUUUCUCAAAUGUUUGGGGAUGGGGAGACCUGCGAUACCCGGUUCGUGGAGGGCUGUGUAUGCGGCGUUGAGACCUCGGUAUGCUCGGACGGAUUUGGGAGACAAGGCUAGUGCGACGGCGCAAUGGGCGAGGUUGAUGCGGCAUUCGGGCAUUCCGAUUUUUUCGGCGGCGGAAUAUGUGGCUGUUGCGAGGGAUAGCAUGGUGUUGUCUGCGAGUCCAAUGUCUUCGCUUGCGAUGACAAUCAUGCGGCGCGCGAUGUAGAGGGGGUCUUCGCCGGAUUGGAGCAUGCGCGCGAGGUAGUAGAGUGUGGCGUCGGCGUUGCUGCCGCGGACGGAUUUGUGGAAGGCGGAGAUGGUGUCGUAGUGUUGGUCUCCGGCUCGGUCGUAUACUAGAGUUUGCGUCAAGCUCUUCUUGAUGUCUUCGAUUGUGGUGUGGGGUUUCUGGCAGAGGUCGAGCGCGAGUUCGAGAAGAUUGAGACCGGUUCGAGCGUCGCCAUCGGCAAAAGCUGCGAGGUAUCGGAUCAAAGAGUAGUCAUCGUCACUCAGCAGACUCAGGCUACUUUCUGCGGUAUCUGCAGCGUCGAGACUCCCUUCUUCAGAUGGGCUGGGCGAAGGCGUAGGCAGACUGGGGACUUCUCGCGCAAGGGCUCGUUUCAAAAUGCCAAAAAUGUGCUCGUCUGUCAGUUUCGACAAGACAAACGUCCGACAUCGACUCAGCAGAGCAUUUACAAUUUUGAAGCUUGGAUUCUCCGUUGUCGCUCCUAUCAGCGUGACUUGCCCAGCUUCCACGGGACCCAGAAAAACAUCUUGCUGACUCUUGCUGAACCGAUGUAUCUCGUCGCAGAAGAUGAUGGUCUUCCUGCCCGUCAGUCCCAUUUCAUUCUUGGCUUCCGCGAACAGCUUUUUGCAUUCUGCCACUCCACUGGAUGUGCUGUUGAUCUCCACAAAGCGUGUCCCAGCUGUCUGUGCGAUGAGUCGUGCGAUGGUAGUCUUUCCCGUCCCUGGACCACCCCAUAAGAUCAUGGAUGGUACACGAUCUGACACUAUCAGAUUUCGCAGUACCCCAUGAGGUCCAACAAGCUCUUGCCCUGCUACGUCGUCCAAGCUCUGCGGGCGCAUGCGCUCUGCCAACGGCUUGUGGGCAUCCUUUGCCUUCUUUGCAGGUGGCAGCACUGCUUCUGGAUGGUGUUCAUCGUGAUCUUCGUCUCGCCGCCGCUUUACUGGUGCAGUACUCGCGGGUGCUAUCGAGGGUCGGGAUAUGGGAGUUGGUAUGGCAGCAGGCGAAGACACCUCAUCGGCGCGGAAAAUGGCGCUCUUCUUGGCGGCGGGCGUGAAGAAUCU